GCCGGCCCCGUGGCUUAGCGGUUCAGUGCGUGUGCUCCGCUGCUGGCGGCCCGGGUUCAGAUCCCGGGCGCGCACCGACGCACCGCUUCUCCGGCCAUGCUGAGGCCGCGUCCCACGUACAGCAACUAGAAGGAUGUGCAGCUGUGACAGACAACUAUCUACUGGGACUUUGGGGGAAAAAAUAAAUAAUUAAAAAAAAAAAAAAAGGUUUCUAAGUUUCCAGAUAAUUUCUAGAUGUAAAUUGCUCCAACAGAAGUGUUGCCCUAGGCUUACUUACCUCGAUGGUCUUCCUGGUACAGUGAAGACGCUCCUCCCACCUCUGAGCUGUCACAGAGGGGCUGCACACCCGGCUGCUGGUACUCUGCUACCCUCGGCUCCCAGGCUGUUCGAGUUGACAGCAAGUGUGUCAGGAUUUGUGUCCCUGGGAAGUGAGUCGUCUCUGUGGUCAACCCAUUGAAGACAUGGAUUUGGAUCAGUUAGACCUGAAUCCGAGAAUUAUUGCUGCAAUUAAGAAAGCCAAACUGAAAUCAGUAAAGGAGGUUUUGCAUUUUUCUGGACCAGACUUGCAGAGACUGACAGGGCUUUCUGGCCCUGACGUGCAGCACUUGCUGAGAACGGCCUCCUCGCACCUGCGGGGAAGCAGCGUCUUGACAGCGCUCCACCUGUUCCGGCAGAAGGAGAGCUUCCCCGCACAGCACCAGCGCCUGAGCCUGGGCUGCCCCGUGCUGGACGGGCUCCUCCGAGGCGGCCUGCCCCUGGACGGCAUCACCGAGCUGGCCGGCCGUAGCUCCGCCGGGAAGACCCAGCUGGCGCUGCAGCUCUGCCUGGCCGUGCAGCUCCCGCGGCGGCACGGGGGCCUGGAGGCCGGGGCUGUCUACGUGUGCACCGAAGACGUCUUCCCGAACAAGCGUCUGCAGCAGCUCAUCGCGCAGCAGCCUUGCCUGCGCACAGACAUCCCGGGAGAGAUGGUCAGGAAGAUCAGAUUUGGCAACCAGAUCUUCAUCGAGCAUGCAGCCGACGUGGACACCCUGCUGGACUGUGUGAGUAAGAAGGUGCCCGUGCUGCUGUCUCGGGGGAUGGUGCGCCUAGUGGUCAUCGACUCCGUGGCGGCCCCAUUCCGCUGUGAGUUUGAUGGCCCGGCCUCGGCCCCCAGGGCCAGGUGUUUGCAGGCACUCGGGGCCACACUGCGCCAGCUGAGCUACACCUUCCAGAGCCCAGUGCUGUGUGUCAACCAGGUGACGGAGGCUGUAGAGGAGCGCGGCAAGGUGCCUGGGCCAUCAGGACACUGGGAUGAGCGGACUUCUCCGGCCCUCGGAAUAACCUGGUCUAACCAGCUCUUAAUGAGGCUGAUGGUCGAUCGGCACCGCCCCGAGGAGACUGUCCUCACCCCACCUGGCCACCCUGCCCGCACUCUGAGGGUGGUCUUCGCCCCUCACCUGCCCCCCUCAUCCUGUUCCUACACAGUCAACGCCGAGGGCGUGCGAGGGACUCCUGGGACCGAGGCCUGCUGACACGGCAAGUGCCCGACACCGGCCAGGUCCCGGCAGAGCCUUCCAUACUCCGCGGAUGCAGGGGACUGAUGUCUUUGAGUCAGCACACCCGUCACUGGAUUAGUCUCCUCCAGGGCGUCAGGAAGACAGUGAGCAGAUGACCCCCCACCCGAGACCUGGGGGCUGCUCCCUCCUCUCCCUGGGUUUUGGGACACACCCAGCUCUUAGGUCAUAAGGACCUGUCCUCCACUGCUGCACUGGCCCUUGCAGGGACUGGCAGCUCUCCGGGUGUCUCUACAGUGAGCUCCUGGAACCCUCGGCCUCACAAGGAACAGCCUUCUCCAUCUUCUGUCCACAUCAGCUCCCACCCAGGAUAGGGGCCAACAGUCUUCUCCGGCUCCUGCCCAGUGGGGUCUCCACUCUACCCUCCUGCAGCCUCCUGCCCUCCUCCCCACAGGCUGCACCCCCUUCCCCCACUGCUCCCGCCACACUGGGCCACAGUCAGAUGAGCCACCUGCUGGCCCUCACCCUCCCCUUGUUGGGGUGUUGGUCCCAGCCCCCAACACACUCACCAAUCCCAAAACUCCAGUUUGGAACGGGGUGGAAAAAACUGACACCAAGCUGACUUUAGGCUACAGACUUUAGGAGAGGAGUUUGGGGGUGGGGUGGUGCUUCUUUUACUUUUGUGUUGCCUCUGCCACCAGCCACAGCUAGACAAAGGAGCAAGUCACAGCUGUGGGCACUGGCUUGGCCCAUCUGCUAGGAAAAUCAGGUCUGGGCAAACAAGAAUUUUAUUUUUUAAAAAAAGCACAUCCUGGUGUGUCCUUGGUGCCUGGCAGGGCGUCCACUCUGGCGGGGACAUGGUGGGACAGCCUGGCAGGGCCAUCUGCACAGACCCAGCUCCCACACUGUGUCUGGGGGCCUUACUUCCAGCUAGAAAGCGGGACCUCCCGUCAGCACAGGAUCCUGCUACAUCUUGCUACCAACUCCAGAAUCUGACCAUCUGGUGGUGGAGGCACGAGGCCCAGCAGUCACCAAGGGACGUGACUGCCCAGCCCAGAGGACAGGGCCUCCACAGAGGCAGAGCUGUGUCUGUCUUCAUCCUCAUCGUCCCCUCUCCCCAGUGCCUCACCAUGCUGCCUGGCAGAGUCAGCCUUGGACAAAUAAAUGUGCUAAGUGACUGCAA